AUGUUUUUACGUUCUGAUCUAAUCGAAUCUGAGGAAUCUAAUAUAUUUUUUAUCUACGAUGCGAUCGAUUCUUCCAAUUUAAAGAAAAGAUAUUUGUUAACUUUACACACUGUUCGAGCUGACGGAACCAAAUUUAGGAUUAAUAUAUAUGAAGAUGAUAUAGUGUUUUUCGAUAUUAAAAUCAAAUCUGAAGACUUGAUACCGGAAUAUAAAGAUGAAUUUUUACUAGAUUAUUAUGAGUUGAUA